GGUUUUGCAGUCUCCUGGGCCUUGGGCUGCCUGCUGGCUUUGGCUGGCUUGCUCUCUCUCGCCUUGUGACUCUGGCUGGCUGUUGUGCUGUGCUGUUGCGGCAUCAGGCUGCUGGGCGCGCGCACUGCGGGUCCCCCUGGCCUGCCCUGCUAGCAGCAUCCUCCAACACAUUCUCUCCCUCCCUCCCCCCGCAGUUGGAAAUGGUACAGCCCCCCUCCCAGAGACCUGGAUGCUGCUAGAAAGCGGAGCGCAUCAUCAGAGGCUGGCAGCGGGGGGAGAAGCUUGGACCAGAGACCCCGAAACAAGGCAUCUCUCUCUUUGGGAGUGGAACUGGGAAGGACAGGUGGGCCAGUAGCCCUCUCUCUUCCCUCGCCCACCCCUGGCCCUUUCUGCAGUGCCACCGUCGCCCAGGGCCCCUCCAGACUAGGAAAAGAUGACGCAGGGCAAGCUCUCUGUGAAUAACAAGCCUGCCAACUCUGAAGGGCAACAGGGGGGCAUAGAAAAAAAGGACAACACCACUGUCCCCUCAGCACCUCCAACCUAUGAAGAGGCAACUUCUGCAGAAGGGCUGAAAGCAGGGGCUUUUCCUCCCCCCUUGAAUGUUCCUCUCCACCCCACAUGGGCAUAUGUGGAUCCCAGUACCAGCCCUAACUAUGGCAGUGGAUACUCAGGGGAUACUGAGACCCUCACAACAUUCAGCUGGGAUGACAGCAAUGUACGCAGAGUGUUCAUCAGGAAGGUUUACAGCAUCAUUUUGCUACAGCUGCUUGUUACAGUUGCCAUUGUGGCUCUCUUCACCUUCUGUGAACCAAUCAAAGGAUAUGUCCAAGCAAAUCCAGCCUGGUAUUGGGCUUCCUAUGCUGUUUUCUUUGUUACCUACUUAGUCUUGGCCUGCUGCUCUGGACCCAGGAGAUACUUCCCAUGGAACCUGAUCCUCCUGAGCAUCUUUACUCUCUCCAUGGCUUAUCUGACUGGGAUGCUCUCCAGCUACUUUGACACCACGUCCAUCCUCCUCUGCCUGGCUAUCACAGCAUUGGUAUGCUUCUCUGUCACUAUAUUCAGUUUCCAGACCAAGUAUGACUUCACAUCUUGCCAGGGCGUCCUCUUUGUGAUGGCGAUGGUGCUGUUGUUUAGCGGGAUAAUCCUGGCCAUUACGCUUCCUUUUGGAUAUGUGCCAUGGCUCCAUGCCAUUUAUGCUGUGCUGGGAGCAAUUGUAUUUACUAUGUUCCUGGCCUUUGACACACAACUCCUGUUGGGGAAUCGCCGGUAUGCUAUGAGCCCAGAGGAAUAUGUCUUUGGAGCCCUCAACAUUUACCUGGACAUCAUAUACAUAUUCUCAUUUUUGCUGCAGAUCUUUGGGUCCACCCGAGACUGAUCUAGGCAAAGCUGUUAGGUCUUGUGUCUGAUAAAACUGAGUAUAUAUACGUAUAGAUAUAUAUUUGAAAUAAUACAACAACAACAAGUAAAGGAGAAAGGGAAAAUUAAUUGACCUCUCUGGCCCUUUAGCAAGCACCAUUCCAUCAUAUGGUCACUUGCCCACCACCCACUGGCCUUCCUGAGUUCCUUCUGCAACUUGUACAUACAUAUCUAUCCUGCUAAAUCUUCUGUGGCUCAAAAUAGAAAAGAAAAGAAAAAGAAGCAAACUGGGAUGUAAAUAUUGGCCUACCUUCGCUUCCACCACUGCCUACGACCUGUAAAUUAAACUUAGAAUAGAAAUUCUAGAAAUAACACUGGGAGGGAGGAAAAUACGUUUUUUGUAGACCCCAGUGUUACUUUCAAAUUGUGAUAGAAGAGAAAUGAGUCAUAAUUUAAAAUUGGUUUCAGUCAGGUUAAUGGAAAGUGAGCAGUCUGUGAAGAUUUAGAAAUUGAAUCAUAGUGAGGAAGGUUUCUUUGGAUUUUUUGGUUUUUUUGCUGGGUAUGUGUGUUCUUAAUGUGACUUAUUGCAAACCUUAACAUCCAAGCUCCAGCAUGAUGCAAGGCCAGUCUGCUUAUUUGUUUUUUAAUUUAACCACUCUUUUAAUUCCAAAGAGGAGCUUAUGUAAGGUUCUAAUGUAGUCCUCAUCCAAGGGGCAUGGCAAGACCCAUCCUGCUUAGCUUCAGUCAUAGAACUUCGUUGUGUGCCCUCACACUCACUUGGUGCUUUGGGCAUCCAACACAAUACCAUUUUGCCUGGCUUUGCAUUUGAAUGCAUUGCUUUCAGGCUGAGGACAAAUGUCAGAUUUCAGUACUUGUGCAUGGUUUUGCUUCAGUUCUCAUUCUACUAUGGAAGGAACAGGAAGGGAACACGAACCUCCUCAAGAAAUUGUCACUCUGGCCAUUCUUGCCCAAGGAUAGCAUUGUUGGAGCCAAGCAACAAUGCUUGCCUGUUCCUUUACCAGCAUCUUGGAUCCCAGACAGUUCCUUUUGCUUUUGUUUUUUAACUUUCACACUCUUUCCCCUUCAUCAAUUCUUUUUGCCUGGUCAACCAUUCCUUCUCCUGGGCCAUUGAUGAUAUUUAGGGUAAUGUUUCUUUUUGGGAGCUAAUCAUGGCUCAGAAGAAAGCAAGGCAAGCAGACAUUACUUUUUUCUCUGCAUUUUAAGCGAGGCUGGCAUUCAGAGACACUUCUGAGUUGAAGAGGAUGACAGAAACUUUUCUUAUGGCCUAUAUUUUCUUUAAAGGACUUGUCAAUGAGAGAGAAAGGAAGGAGAGGAAACAUGCCUUAGAUGCCAAGGUGACCACCUCUAGACCUGCCACAGACCAGAUUCAAAGCAUCUGUGGGACAGAUAGGGCUACAAGCCAGAGGUCUCCCUCCCCUCUCUUAGAACUACUGAUUUAUAGCCAAUUCACAUGUAACAGUUUCCAAAAUCCAAAUAGGAUCCUAUCAGUCUCAAUAGGAUUCAGAUGACUUCUGCACUGAUAUUCUUAGCCAUUUAGAAAUGUUGGAUGGAGAAAUGGAAGGUCCUGUAAGGUGGUGUCUGCACAGGCCAGAAUACUCCAGGGGCAGCCCAGAGAAUUCUGGCCUACAACUGCUCCCAAUGUCCUUUCGUUACCUGUGGCCCUCUAUUGCGAUCUUGGGUGGUUGUUUGCACAUGUAUCCCAUUAUGCCACCUGGUGCCGUCACCACUGACAUAAGUCACUUGUUCAGAGGUCAGAAUGAGACACCCAACAUCAAGCACAUGGCUGGUGUGCCUGAUUCUGAUCCCAGAGCAACUGACUCUUGCCAUCAGCAGUGGUGCUGAAAGGCACAACAGGAUGUUCUACAUAGUCUCCCUGCAUCACAAUGGAGGGCUCCAGAUCUUCUGGGGAAAUCCAGAGCAAAAAGAGAUUUUUUUUGUUACCAUUUUAAGGAGGGUAUAUGGUUGGUUCGGUGCUGAGCUGGUCAGACUUUGUCUGGACAGUUUGCAUCAGAACUGGAUGUUGUCUGGACAUUUCACCCCAUGUCACCAUGGGAACGGGGAGGAUGUUUAUUUGGCCUGUGGAGACGAGGCUUUUAUCUCAUCUUUAUAUGAAUCCUAUAAAUAUCCUAUUAACUCUGUUCAGCUUAGCUUCUCACAACUAGUUCUCUGCAAUAACCUUCUAGUCACUUUUAACACGACUGUUGUCAGCCAGUCUAGAAUAACUGUCUAAAAUCUGUUUCUAAACUAGAAUCUGAGCUCAUUCUGCCCUCCCUCUUUCUGCCAGAAGUUGAUAGAUUAUAAACGGAGUGCUAAGGAGGGGGAGAUCAAGGAUGAGAAAUCUUGAGCAUCACUGGACAAAGGUGAUGCAUAAGAAAGGUGAAUGAGUUCUACAAAUUGCUGUGGACUUUUAAAAAGUCAAUUAGACUCUGUCUACUCCAGCGCAAACAACCAUAUCCUUGGGUGCCAGACAAAGCCCACAUGCAACCAUCCUGUGCAAUCUGCAGCUUGCUAUGCACUCUCAUAGUGCACAACCACUAGUGCAGUCACACUGGUACAUCCAGCACUGGUAUUUGCACUACAUUCCACUAUAUAUACUAAUGAGCCUCUGGGUUAUUUGUGCAUUUGUGGCAUUGGUAUCAUACUUCUCUGCUAAACUCAGGGGUCUAUCCUGUUUUGCUUAUGGGGCUGUCCUCCCUGUGGAAUAGGUUAAAUGAGUCUUCUUCAACCUAGCACUCUCCAGAUGUGUUGGACUAUAACAGUUAAGCAAUUCUGACUAGUGACAACUGGAGGUUCAGUCUGAUACCUCUGAAGGCAGUAGGUUAGACUGAGAGGACAGUGAUUUGCCCAAAGCAACCUUAGAAACAACACAGCUGGAAAAGGAUCUGAAUCUAAGAUCUCCAUAACCCACAUCUAACAUCAGACUAGCUCUGUAAAUAGAGAUGAUAAUAUCACAUGAUGUUUUGUGUACUUUUUAUUUUAUUGGUUUGUGGUGCCGGUGUCUUGCUUUUCUUCUUAGAACCUCAGAACACCAAGCAGUCUCCCAUCCAGGAGGUGACCAGGCUGGGACCUGCUUAGCUUUAACAGUGUUAACAGCAUCUUAUGUUCUCAGGUGAUUCAGUCAUUAAACAUGUAGAUUCUG